AGUGACGUGCGAUUGACAGUUGAAAAUGACAACGACAUCCGACCAGCCGUAGACGGUGGUGAAACGCGGAGUUUUGUCGAAUUUUACCUCAGAUUUAUAACUAAUUUGUGCAUUUUAUAUUUGAUCGAAAAUGGAUGUCGAAGAGUGUUUGAAAGAGUGGGAGGAUUUACUAACUGAUUACAAACGUUUGGAGACUGUAAAUAAGCAGUAUGCAACGAAACUGGAGGAAGUUGGUGAGCUCCAGGCAACAUGCAUGAAGGAGCUGAACCACCAGAGAUACCGCAUGUCCGUUAUCACCGGGGCACUCAGAAGAUUGGAUAAGAAAGGCAAAGGAUCGUCAAAAGAUGAGCGCGUGGCCAACUUGGAGAAGGAGAUCAUGAAAAGGAAAGCGAUGCUGCACGAAAUAGAAGCGACCCUGCCCAAACAGAACAGUCUGUAUCUGAAAAUCAUACUAGGCAACGUUAACGUCUCUAUCCUCAACAAAAAUGACAAAUUCAAGUACAAAGAUGAAUAUGAGAAGUUCAAGUUGAUUCUGAGCGCGAUUGCGUUCGUGUUAGCCGUUAUGAACCUGUACAUAGACUUUAGGCCGUUACAGCUGAUCCUGAUCUUCCUGCUCGUAUGGUACUACUGCACGCUGACGAUCCGCGAGAGCAUCCUGAAGGUGAACGGGUCCCGCAUCAAGGGGUGGUGGCGGCUGCACCACUUCGUGUCCACGGUCGUCGCUGGUAUACUGCUCAUCUGGCCGCAGAACGAGCCCUGGAACAUCUUCCGGCACACCUUCAUGUGGUUCAUUGCUUAUAUCAGUGUAGUACAAUACAUGCAGUUCAGAUACCAAAGCGGAGUUCUGUACAGACUAAAAGCGCUGGGCGCUAGGCAUAACAUGGACAUUACCAUUGAAGGAUUCCACUCGUGGAUGUGGCGCGGACUCUCAUACCUACUCCCCUUCCUCUUUGGAGGGUAUAUAUUCCAGCUGUACGUCGCUUAUUCGCUAUACCAACUGAGCUAUCACCCUGAAGCUACUUGGCAGGUGCCAGCGUUAAGUAUGUCGUUCCUUCUCCUCGGCAUCGGAAACACGGCGACGACAUUGAUGGUGAUACCACAGAAACUGAACGAACAGGUGUCUUACCUGGCGGGUUUGUUUCUUGUGUUGCACUGUUGCAACAUGUACACGAUACUGUCGACGUUGCGCAAGAAAACCAAGGGCGGGUUGAAACUGCGCUACAAGCUGCGAGCUAUCGCGUACCGGCUGUCGAACGAGAUCGCCAUCCUGGAACAAAAAUGGCGACAGAAUAAAGUGGAAAACAAAACUGAGUAAGAAUUUAGUUCUGUGAUUAACUGUCUAAUUGAAUGAAUGCAUAUUACUAAUAUCAAUGUUUUUAAGUGUAUAGAUGAACAUACAGUUUAUAUUUUCAUAUUUCAUGGUGUUUGAAUAUAUUCUAACAGUGUUAACAUUAUUUAUGUAAAUAUAACUAUUGCCAACAA